AUGUCAGACAGCCCUAAUUCACAGGGCUAUAGGUGGUAUACCCAGCGCUUUCACGACAACAGUAACCCCACAAACGUCACCCUCCAGCCCGCCCCCACGUCUAUCAACAUCGCUGGCGAUCCAGACACAUCAUGCGAGCCAUGGCGUUGUACAACCGCGGGACAGCAACGAUAUCGACAGACGGUAGGAAACCUUCGCCGGGACGUACUGAGCAGAGAUGAACUCUGGAGGCGAUCCGCAAGAUUGAAGAAGCUUCAGCGUGUGGACAUAUGUGCCAAUAUCAUAAAUCAACUUCAACAUGUCGACCUCACCGCCACCAACCACUACCACCACCUCCACCACAACAUCGCUACCCACAUCAAAUACUACAGAACCAACCCAAACAUCCACCCCGGAAACAACCCAACAACGCACCGCCGAGCUAGAACUGCCUUCACAGCCUCUCUUCGCUCCGUCGGCACUAACUACGAAACUGCACUCCGUGACCGAGCCCGCACCCUCCACGAGAACUCCUCCGUGCUGGAUAAGCAAGAGGCUGACGUGCAGCGGGCCACGGAGCAGCUCGCCAAGCAGAAUGAUCAGCUUGCCAAGGUGGCGGAUCAGGCGAGGGACGGGUUGAAGGAGAUCGGGGACGUGCAGAAUUGGGCGGAGUUGAUUGAGCGGGAUUUGUUGAUUGUCGAGGAGACGGUGAGGUUGGCGGAGGAAGAGGAAGAGAGGCAUCACCAUGGAAAUGGGAAUGGGUUCGGGGAGGAUGGGGCGUUGGAGGGGAAUGGGAGGGUGAAUGGGUUUGGGGGGGAGGUUGGCCAUGGGGAUAAGGAUGGGAAGAAGGGGAAGGGGUGGUUCCAGUGGUGGUGA